AUGGAACAAAUAAUAACUGAAUUCUUUACAAAGAGUCUCCACAUAAUACUUGAAUCACGGUGUCCAUACGUAUCGUCGCGUAAUUAUAGUGGUGAACAAGUGCUAUCAUCCCCAUCUUCAUCCUCAUCGUCCUCAUCCAGCGUCAGGCCCAGGGAUAAGUGGUUCAAUUUAGCCCUAAAGUAUUGCCCAGCUGCACUAGAAAACAUUGAUUUUUGGCGUCAGAGUAACCUUGAACCAAUGUUGGUUGAUGUGAUCUUAAUGCAAACAACUAGUGAUUGGGACCCUGUGAACUGUUCCCCCCAAAAGAGACCUAUUAGGAAUUUGUCAUCGAAAGACAGGUUUCCUUACUGUUGGAAUUCAGAGCAAGAGGAAUUUCGGGGUGAAGUGAAGAGCGAAACGAUUAUUGAGAGAUGGGUUGUGCAAUAUGAAAGUAGGAAGAGUGGGAGGGAUUGUGGAUCGGGGAGUAAACGAUCAAGCUGUACUAGUUCCAACAUAUUGUAUAAGAAGUUGAUAUUGCUUUUCAGGUCUUUGUAUGUAAUGGUUAGGCUUCUGCCUGCUUAUAAACUCUUUCGUGAGCUCAAUUCAUCCGCCCAAAUUCGGACAUUUAACCUUGUUUAUCGGGUUUCUUCAUUUGUUGAGCCAUUCACUCGUAGAGAAGAGGCAGAAAUGCAAAAAUUUGUGUUCACACCUGUGGAUACUUCUUGUGGUAGGCUUUGUCUUUCGGUGUUGUAUCGUUCGUCACUCUCAGAUGUGAGCUCAGGACCUUCAACCCCUAUCUCACCUCAAUUCAUACCUGAUUAUGUUGGGAGUCCAAUGGCAGAUCCGUUAAAGAGGAUCCCGUCCCUUCCAAUAGUUCAAUGCUCACCUUCAUCCUCUCCAUUUGGAAGGCGGCAUAGUUGGAGUUAUGACCUAUAUAGAGCCUCACCACCUUCAGCCUUCCUGUCACCGUCACCUACACAUUCAGAAUCGUGUGCUUCAAUUUCAAAACCAAGUUCCCACGUCUCCCACCUACAAGUUUACCUCGUCAUCUGCCUGAAACACCUCAAUUCUAGGGGUAAUGUGUCAAAGGCUCUUUUAUGGUCUGAAAGUGCUCCAGUUAGCAUACCUGGGUCUAAGCUUGCCAAUAUCCCUUCAUUGUCCAGCAAGCAAAAUCUGCCCCCUUCUCCUCCACUGAAAGCUACACAACUCAGCAUUUCGAAGAUGGAUGGAAGUUCAGGUCUAGUUCUGACUGGCUCAACAGCUGAGAAGUUGUUCUCCCUUGGGAAAGAUGACACUGGAAAACUUUCUGGGGUGAAAAUGUCAUCCAACAGCUCACCGCAGAAAUCGGUUUCUAGAGGCUCCAGUCGGUUGUCUUUCCAGGAUGAUUAUGAUGAUUCUGAAUUUUCUGGCCCAUUUAUUGUGGAUGAUGAUGACAUGACAGAUCCAGGUAGCAGGUAA